CUUAAUGAAAGAAAAGGGUGAAGACGAAAUAUUUCGAUCAAGGAUUGCUGCUGCCGUAUCUGAUAAAGCAAGAAUUAAGAAAGCUUAAGGUUUUGGACAGGAGAAGAGAAUGGAUGCUGCAAAGAACAAGUACAGUAUAAUAGUACCAACUUAUAACGAGCGCCUCAACAUUGCUCUCAUCGUCUAUCUCAUCUUCAAACAUCUCCGGGAUGUUGAUUUUGAAAUAAUUGUUGUGGAUGAUGGGAGCCCUGAUGGUACACAAGAAGUUGUGAAACAUCUACAGAGACUGUAUGGGGAAGAUCGUAUUUUAUUGAGACCGAGAGCUAAGAAGCUUGGAUUGGGAACGGCUUAUAUACAUGGUUUGAAGCAUGUAUCUGGGAACUUUGUUGUAAUCAUGGAUGCCGAUCUAUCACAUCAUCCGAAAUACUUGCCAAGCUUCAUCAAGAAACAGCUGGAAACUGGUGCCAGUAUAGUUACUGGAACACGAUAUGUCACAGGCGGUGGUGUGCAUGGAUGGAAUCUGAUGCGCAAGCUAACAAGUAGGGGAGCCAAUGUUCUUGCACAGACUCUUUUGUGGCCUGGUGUUUCGGACUUAACUGGAUCCUUCAGGCUUUAUAAGAAAUCAGUGCUCGAAGAUGUCAUUUCCUCCUGUGUUAGCAAGGGAUACGUAUUUCAAAUGGAGAUGAUUGUUAGGGCUUCAAGAAAAGGCUAUCACAUCGAAGAGGUUCCGAUAACUUUUGUUGACAGAGUAUUUGGAAGUUCAAAACUCGGUGGAUCUGAAAUCGUUGAGUACCUAAAAGGCCUUAUAUAUCUUAUGAUCACUACGUAGGACCUCAGUACAUAUAAUAACCGGCACGAAAAUCAUCUUUAUCUGUUUAAAGCGAGAAGUAGCCGACGACUGAAGGUGGAGACUCUGCAGCAAACAAUUCUUACAGCUUGUUCUUGGAAGUUUCUUUGCAAACCCCGACUUUUGAUGGCAAUGUCUUUCCUUUAUUUAGGUAGAACUCUAUCAAGUAUUCUGGUACUGGAUUGUUGGUUAACAAUGAAGAAGACGCAUCGUCUUAACAUUUGAAGUGUGUUAUUUAACCACAGUUGACAUUUA